AUGGCCUGGGCUGCGGCCGCUGCCCGCGUGUGGCAUAGUCUGGAGGGGGAGAAAAGUCUGCCGAUGUUCACCGUCCUCCGGAGGUUCUCCAUCCUCUUCACCAUGUUUGCCGAAGGAUUCUUGCUCAAAGCCUUUUCCCUCGGGGGGGGGCCGGGGUUUUCCUGGAGCAUCCAGAUGACGGUGUUCGCCAUGAUCAUCGGCGCCUUCGUGGCCGCCAGUGCUGACUUGGCAUUCGAUCUGGAAGGAUAUAUUUUUAUCCUUAUUAACGAUGCCUUAACAGCUGCAAACGGUGCCUACGUGAAACAGAAGCUGGAUUCGAAGGAGCUGGGAAAAUACGGUCUGCUGUAUUACAACGCGCUGUUCAUGAUCCUGCCCACCUUGACCAUUGCCUACUUCACCGGCGACGCGCAGAAGGCCAUGGAGUACCAGGGCUGGGCGGACAGGCUUUUCGUCAUGCAGUUUACGCUGUCGUGUGUAAUGGGGUUUAUUUUGAUGUACUCCACGGUUCUUUGCACUCAGUAUAACUCUGCUCUUACAACUACAAUAGUUGGCUGCAUUAAGAAUAUUUUAAUAACCUAUAUUGGGAUGUUUUUCGGAGGAGACUAUAUUUUUACAUGGACGAAUUUCAUCGGUCUAAAUAUCAGCAUCGCUGGAAGCCUGGUGUAUUCCUACAUCACUUUCACGGAGGAGCAAAUGAGCAAGCAGUCCGAAGCCGGCCUCAAGCUGGAUAGUAAAGGAAAAAGCUCAGUGUGA